AUGACGCGCUGUGUGAAGGGCUCGGAGUUGAGCCAUCUGGAGCUUUCGAUGCUAUGGGCCCGGGAAGCUUAUCCAUCACUCCAGCAGUUCAGUAGAUUCACUGCCAAUGCGUUUAGGGCCACGAAAGACAUAUUAAUAUUAUUUCUACAUUAUAUUAUGCAUAUUGUUGACUCCAUUAUCCCAAGAUUACUAGUAAAAUAUUGUGGCAAUAGCCGAUACGGUAACACUACCAAAUUAACCGCCCGUCAACUUGCAAUACAAUAA